AUGAUAGGAUAUAAUCAACAUAACUCUGGCUACAAUAAGCUAUUUACUCAGGGCUCGGCGGAUUCAAAUUAUUCACAACCGAGCUCGGAUCUUUCUCUUGACGAAGAAAAAGAAAGUUUGAGGCGUGAAAAAGAACGACAAGCUCUUAGUCAGCUUGAAAAAGCACGGACAAAACCAGUAGCGUUUGCCGUACGAACAAACGUGAGUUACGAUGGAUCCAUCGACGAUGAUUCACCAGUCCACGGGUCCGCUGUUAGUUUCAACGUUCGUGACUUUCUCCAUAUUAAGGAAAAGUACGACAACAACUGGUGGAUCGGAAGGCUAGUAAAAGAGGGCACCGAUGUGGGAUUUAUUCCCUCCCCGGUUAAAUUGGAGUCCCUGAGGGUCCAAGCCAGCACUGCAAGGGGUACCAAGGGCCUCUAUUCGACGCGAGGCGGCUCCUCGAGUAAUCUCGGAGAGAGUGGAAUGCCAUCGCGUGGCUCCACUCCACCCACACCUGGCGAUGAUAGUGAUAGUGUAGGUAAUUCAAGGCCCGGUAAAACAACACUGACAACACCUCCGGCCAAGGAGAAACGGAAGAACUUUUUCAAAAAGCCGGAAACAGCGACGCCGUAUGAUGUUGUACCUUCAAUGAGGCCUGUUGUACUAGUAGGACCAUCGAUAAUAAUAACGAGGGUAAUGGCGGACAUAUCGUUAGCGAAGAAAUCCUUGCUGAACAAUCCAACGAAGCGUGCAAUAAUGGAGCGGUCAACGAGUCGCAGCAGCUGCUUAGCCGAGGUCCAGGCGGAGAUCGAGAGAAUAUUCGAGCUGGCUCGCACCCUGCAGCUCGUGGUCCUGGACUGCGACACGAUAAAUCACCCCUCGCAGCUCGCCAAGACCAGUCUGGCCCCGACUAUCGUUUACUUGAAAAUAUCAUCACCAAAAGUACUACAGAGACUGAUUAAAUCCCGCGGCAAAUCCCAGACGAGACACCUCAACGUUCAGAUGGUCGCCGCGGAGAAGCUGGCCCAGUGUCCUCCGGAGAUGUUCGACGUGAUAUUGGACGAAAACCAGCUCGACGAAGCUUGUGAGCACGUCGCCGAGUACCUCGAGGCCUACUGGAGAGCCACGCAUCCUCCGGUGGUCACUCCGGUACCGAGAGCCAUGACAGCCGCUUCUGAUGCUCCUGUAGACGUUCUUGCACCUCGUGUGCCUUCAGGCGGCCGUCAUGAUUCAUACUACGCUCACGAUUCCAGAGGACAAAGUGCGUACGGAGGAGCACAUGGAAGUACAAGGAGGUCGAGGCUGGAGCGAGGAACUCGGGAGCGAAACCACGAACGUGAGCUUGAACGUGAACGUGAACGCGAACGUGAGCGCGAGCGAGAACGAGAACGUGAGCAUGACUAUGGGACCGAAGAAGAGUCUUACCUGGGAGGCGUCGACUACGGAAGUGUCUCGCGACGUCGUCAGCAGGACUCAAGAGCCCUCAACGCCAUUUAGGAGCUGGAGCCCCGGGGCUUGUCGCUGCAGCGAUGUCCCAAACUUAAAACUACCGCCCUAUAGGAAAUUUAACAAA